UAAGAAAAAUGCGCUAAAAUGGGAGAUUUUGGAAAUGAUCCGUCCCUGCCUCUGCAGGAUGAAACCCUUGGAGGGUUAGUGGAGGAGGAGCAUGAGGUUGAAGGAGAUCAGCCUGGAGUUAGGUUUGAAGAACCUGGCUCUCUCCUGGUCCAGAUAGACGAGUCUCAUGCUCAGCAUGGAAACUCGACCUGGCAGGUGGACGGGAGUAAUCAAUCUUUAGCGAGUAAUAAGUCUGUUGGGGAGAGAAUUCAAGGAUUGACAAUGAGAGAUUAUGAGGAACAGCUCAAUGCGUUAAGGAAAGAGAACUUCAACUUAAAACUGCGGAUAUAUUUCAUGGAAGAAAAUAAAGGAUUACUGCAUGGCACAGUGGAACAAGAAAACCUUUAUAGGAUAAAUAUUGAUCUAAAGGUUGAAGGAGAAGAGUUGAAGAAGGAGUUGCAGGAUCAACAACAUCUACUUGCUGAAGCAGCCAGAGCUAUUCAAUCCUUAGAGGAGAAAUAUAAACAUCAGGUUGAAAGAUUGGAGGUUAAAGUAUUAGAUGAGAAGAAUGAGAAGAACGAACUCAAGAACAAGGUUGAGGAACUAGAGAACAAACUUAUGGAGAUCAAACUUGUUGAGGAGGUAGGAUAUUAUCCAGUUCAUCAAAUGAAUUAUGGAAUUUUGUAGAAUUUCUUAAAACAUCCCCCCCCUUAACUUUUGUAAA